GAACAAUUGCACUUUAGCUUAUGCACACAAAGAUUUUUAUACAAUCAAUUUCAUUGGUAUUAGCAAGGCCAUAUUGUUGAGUUUUGAAUAGGUAGAUAAAAUAAUAAUAAAAAUAUAUAGUGAAUGAUCUUUUCAUUGAAAUGCCAGUUGAAAUUGUCUAAAUUUUCCAUUUGAAUGACUAUAUAAGAAUUACUGAAAAUUAUAAAGCAGUUAAUGGUUUGAAAUGAUCUUGAUGUUCAUAACCAAGUUGAUUUUAUUUAUGGAUUGUUGAUGAGACAUUAUAUAUAUAUACAUCAAUAAUAACUAUAGAUCAUUUCAAUUUAUGACGAAUUGAGAUAUUUGUUUGCAAUAAUUAUCCAUUAAUUAUAAGUUAUGCUUGUUUUGAAUUUGAGUUUAUCAAUAUUCAGCAUUGUGACUAGUUCAUAUCUCAUCUCAUGUGGAUUAUUUUCAAUAUACAAAAAGUAAAUGAAUUAUCAGUGAUUUUUCCAAUCGAAGAAAAAGAAGUCAAUUAUUAUGGAAAUAUUCAAUUGAUGAACAAGAAGUAUUUUCAUUACUUACUUUUCUUUAUUGAAAUCAACAUUAUUUUGAAAUACAACUAUUAUCCUUUUCUUUAUACAUAUUCAAUUUUUGAACUUGUACGUGAGUAUUUAUUUUCUAAGGAAAAUCACUGUUCAUAAUUUUUUUCUGGUUAAAUUUUAAUGAUGAACACAAUGUAUAUCAAUAUUUCAACCAAUCAUUUAAUGGUUCAAAGAUGCUUGUAAACAAUCCUGAUAAAAUUGCUUAUUGUAUUUUCAAAGUUAUUCUUUGGCAGGUAGUACAAACGUUAUCAAAGAAAAUAAACUUUAUGGAUAUAUGUUUUAUGAUGAAAAUGAAAGAUCAUAUUAGUUGCUCUCAAGUAGAAACUGUACUGAUUCAUUAUUGAUUUUGUAUAGUUAUUGAUUUCUUUUAAAAUUUCAUAUUAUAUUUAAACGAUCUAAUUUCAUAUCUUAUCAACUGGAAUUUGGAAUGUAUUCAGUCGAUUACAAAUGAAACUGCUUUUAAAUAAUUAUCAUAAUUUACUCUCAACAUCAAUAUUCUUGUUAUUAUCCCUAGCAUCGUUAAAUAAUUUAUUUAUUCAAUGUGAUUUAUUAUUCAAUGAAGAAGAUCAUCAUUACAACAAUAAUCAUCGCGAAAAGAACAUAACCAAUAAUAAUAAUAAUGAUGAAUCAUUUCACUAUGUCGAAAAAAAUGCAAACGUGAAGAAUCAUGUUCAUGAAAGUUUGGAAGCCGAUGAAUAUCAUACAGAAAAUAUUGAGAAUGAGAGUGCAAAUCAAAGUGACGUAUUGUCAAAAUCAAUAACUGAAGUAAAUCAUGAUAGAUCAUUACCUGUAACAAAUAAUGCACCUAAUAAUGUUACUGAUAAUAAAUACCCAAUAACUAAAAUAGUUUCAAACAAAUCAUCAUUGUAUAAAUAUUCAUUGAACCAAGAUGUAUCUAAUAAAAAAUUAAUUAAUAAUAGAAAGGUAUCUAAUAGUAAAUAUUUAUCUUCUUGGGCAUUUUCAGCACCAUCAACACUGAUUAAGUCUUCAACAAAAAUUGUUGAGAAUUGGCCACUUAGCGACUAUCGUAUUGAAUUCAUUGAAGAUUUAAUUCAAAAAAAUAUUGGAAUAAAAUUCAAAGACAAUGAUGAUAAUAAUAAUUUUUCGCAAAUGAUUAUUAUGCCAAAAACAUCUUCAAUUUAUUUAGUGAAAAAUCGAGGAACUCUGUUAAAGUUAGACAUGACGACAUUCGAACAACAUGAUAAAUAUACACUACCGACGUCAUUAAAGUCUAUGCCAGAAUGCAACGAUUCUUGGUCAUGUCACUCAAUGAAGGAAAUCAGUUUACUUGCUAAAAUGCCUGAUGAACGUAUGAUAUGGAUCUGCUAUGUGACUCAUCAUUCUCACGAAAAUCGUCCUAAUCUACUUGCAGAAAGUGGUUGCAUGGUCCCGACGGUCGAAAAUCUGGCCGUACCAUUAAUUCAAUGGGAAAAUCCUCAUUUCAAUUCACUAUAUCCUGAUAAACCACCCAGUGUUCUUAAUGCAGCUGACGGAUUCACUUAUAUAUCUGCAUUUACUUUAGAUUACUUGCGUAUAUUUCGUGCUUAUAUGCCAGAUUGGAAUGGAAAUUUCAAUUGGACAGGUGCAUUGGUCACUGAUAAAAAUCCAACAUUUAUAGCAGAACCCGCGCAAAUUUUAUUAACUUUCGAAACAAUUGAUGAAAUUUAUUUCGUUCUUCGAGAACAACCAAAUUCACAAAUGUCAAGAUGUGAAGAAAAUGUAGGUAGUUCUAUAAACCAUUUAUCUAAAGUUGAAAAAUUAAAACGAUUGCACCAGCCUUACUGUUUAACAAGUGUUGCACGAUUAGUAAGAGUUUGUAAAGGUGAUCCAGGUGGUUUGCCAUAUAUUAGCUCAAAUCGUUUUGCUACAUUUGCAAAAGCUGACUUAAUAUGUCCAGCUACAAAUGAAAAUGGUGGAUAUUUUAGCUAUACACACAUUUCAACAGCUUAUUGGGAUAAUAAUACACAAUUACUUUACGCAACAUUUACAACGGAAAAAUCAGCUCCAGUUGGAAGUGCUUUAUGUAUUUAUAGUUUGAAUGAACUUAAAGCUUCGUUCAAUGGACCACUAGUUCGUACUAAUGAAAAACAAAAUGAUUUAAAAUCGUCUCCUGUAUCAAAUUCAUUUUCAAAUAUUUGCACAAGAUUCAAUUCCAAAAAUAGAACUGAAGAAGAAGUAACAGUCGGACGACUUUUAUCUUUACGUUUCCCUUAUCGUUAUUUGCCAGUCAAACCACUACAUGGUCAUGCUUUAUUGUCACAAACUGGUGAUAAAUGGGUGCAUUUGCAGGCUUAUAAUUUGCCUUCAGUAACAAAUUACUAUCAAAGUGAUGAACAGAUCAAAACAAGUAUCAUAUGGAUUGGUACAAAGGAACAUUUGAUUCAGUUCGUAGUAUAUGCUUACAACGAUGUAAUAUCACCUACUGGAGAAACGUAUUCAACAGAUUACCAGUACAAAGCGAUACCAAUUAUAUGCAAACUCAAAGAGAUUUUACUUGGACGUCAAAUUGAAGCAAUAAUCCUUCAGUUACCGCCAGAUAGAUUGGAUUCGAAUGUUAACAAGGAGUUAGAAAUACAUAUUGACACCAUUUCGAAUAAAAGGAAUCUUUCCAAACGAAUUGGGGACGUAAGCGUGGAAUCAGUUAGAACAUCACAAGUAAAUAGACUUUAUGGUGAAGAGAUAGUUGGUAAAGCAGAAAAAGAAGAAAUUCGUCGUAUCGAAAUAUCAGCUUCUUAUUUACAUAUCAUGACAAAUAAACAAUUAUUUCGUCUACCACUAACACGUUGCUCUGAAUAUCAAACAUUUGAUGACUGUCUCAACUCAAAAGAUCCUCAUUGUGGUUGGAAUUGGUCCGAAGGUAGAUGUUCAAGUGGUUAUCUGUUUGAGUCUACCGUACAAAUUAACCGUUUAAAUACAUUUUCACCAUCGAUUGAUCAUAGACAACGAAGUAAUCACCAAUGUCCAACAAAGAGUUUUACAUUUGAAAAAGAUAAAGAGAAUUCAUGGACAAAGUGGUACGAUUGCAAUUGGAUCGCUUCACUACAAACAGGUGAUCCGGUUCCUAUAACAAUUCACAAUCAACCGACUGAUGAUGUCAAUGAAAAUGUUAGCGACAAUAUCUCAAUGAAAUUACUGGGAAGUUGUUUAUGCCGUUUAUGCAUCAGCCAAGUUAAUUGUGUUCUUGGAAUCCAGCAGGUUAAGAACUGUACUCGUUUCGAUCAAAAUUGGCUCCCUUGGUCUAUUUGGAGUGACUGUGAUCCAACUACUAAUAUUCAAAUACGGAAAAGGCAAUGUCGAUCCAGUGCAGUUUGUUCUGGAAGCAGUAUCGAACAACGAUCUUGUUUGGACGAUGACAGCUGGUUUAGAAAAUCCAAUGUUAUACCGAAAUCAGCCAGUUACUAUAAAUCAAGAAUUCAUUACACUACACAAGCUGACGGUUACACUCUUACACAUUUGAUACUUGUAGUAAUAUGUGGAUUAUUAACUGGUAGUUUGUUAACAGUUAUAUUAUUUUGGUCAUGUAGAUGUCAUCGUUGGUCAUAUGUUGUGGAUGAUAUUGCUAAAUUAACAAAGAAAAAUCAUAUGAAAACUAUUCCUACUCAUUGUAAAGGUCAUCUACCUUAUGAAAGUCAACAAACUUGUUUAACUACUAGCCAACCGUUAAGUAAACAUUCGUGGAGUUUAAUUGAUGAAAAAGAACCUAUCUGGUGUAAUAAAUCAGGUAAUAUAGCACAAGCACCAAUAGAUACACGUUACGAAUAUCUACCAUCUACUCAUGUUGUACCAACUAAUACCAGAUUUAACAGAUCAGUUGAUCGAAAGUCAACAAAAAUAUGUCAUUUAAACACCCCAUGUCAUGAUAUAUCGACAAGUGUAUACUUACUAUCCAAUACACCGUCACCAACUUCAGUGACAAGUAACCCGUCAACAACUUCAACAUUACUGAAAGACAAGUUUACAUUUGAUUCAUUUGCUGAACAAAAUUCAAAUGUUUUAGGUGAUUGUAAAACUAAUCUAAUUAAUAUUACACCUGAUAACAAAAAUGAGAAUAACAACGAAAAUCUAGGGCAUUUAUACUUAACUGGUUAUUUCUAUGCUGCACCAAUAGAACCAAUACAUAACCAACCGAUAACAUCAACAAAAACUUCUUUACCGGCAACAAGAAUCAAUAUUGAAUUACCUGAACAUCAUGACUAUCAAACUAGACAAAUCCCUACAAUAUCUUCAUAUUAUAACCAAAUAAAUACUGGUCUUGUUAUUCCAAAAUCUAUUCUUGUACAACCUACAUUGUCAUCAUUUAGAGAAAAUGAACACUUAAACAAUAAUAUCAUUAGUAAUACUAUGAUAACAACAAAAUGUAUUGAUGGUGAAACUUUUACAGUUACUGAAAAUCCAGUACAACUUUCAUAAUCUUGUUCUAUAGGUUAUAAACGCUUUUUCUUUAUAAAAACAAACAAACAAACAAACGAAACAUGGUUAAACAAAAGAAUUCAACGAUAAUGUUUUAGGUAAUAAAUAAUUUUCAAAAGUGUCAACAUUCAAUAUUUGUGUGUAAAACCAAAAAAAAAAAAAGUAAAAAUUCGUUUUUCUUUCAUAUUUCUUCAUGUAAACGUGAUUUAAAAUAUUUAGGAAAAAUAAGUAGUAUGAAACGAAAUCUUCAGAAGGAUAUUUCAUCAUUGUCCUGUACAAUCUUGUUUAUCAACUUGAAUUAUUUAAAAUGAUGUUUAUCAUAAUUAUUAUCGUUAUAAAUAUUAUCAUUAUCAUUAAUAGUAAUAAUAAUAAUAAUAGUCUCUUUGAGAAAAUAUUAUUAUCAUUACUAUGAAUAAAACUAUAAAUUUACAUGGAAAUCUAUAUUUGAAUGACUAUUUAAACACUUAAAUUGAAUGUAUUAUCCUUAAUGAAACAUUAGAAGUUAGCUUCAUAUAAUAUAAGACUUAUAUAUGUAAAAUUUAUCGAUGUAUUUAGUCAUUUUAAUUAAUAAUUGUAAAGUUUGUUUAUUUUAUACAACAAAAACAACAAAAGUAUUAUUGCAUGCUUAACAUUU